AUGAGCCUCCGACUUGCUCUCCGGGCCUCACGACGGCUCCAGCCAGUUCAGACGCCAAUAUACCGUCAAAAUGGCCCGCUUCUGCCCCAUUUCUACCCAAAGACGCUGUCUACGUCGAGAUAUCUGCUCAACAACAGCCCACCGCCCCCGAAACCCGUCGAACCUGCGCCGGUCAUUGUACAAGUAAGACGUGUUGGAAAAUGGAGGACAUUCCUCCAGAUACUCGGCCGUGUCACCCUCGCCACCAUUCUCACUACCGGCGGCUUGGUCUACUACAUGGCCUGGAAGGACAGACACCCUGGAGAACAGCUCCCUCACGACCCCUCCAAGAAGACGAUUGUUGUGCUCGGAAAUGGAUGGGGUGCGACGAGCAUGCUCAAGACGAUCGACACUGAAGACUACAAUGUGAUUGUAAUCAGCCCACGGAACUAUUGGUUGUAUACACCACUACUCCCAAGCGUUCCUACCGGCUCGGUCGAUCCAAGAAGUAUCAUUCAACCCACUCGCUAUAUCACGCGCCAUAAGAAGCGUCGGGUCCUAUUCUAUGAGGGCGAGGCUAUGGCCGUCGACCCAGAGAAGAAGACGGUCACUUUCCAGGAUACUUCCCCUAUCCAUGGCGAGGGCGGUCCUUCGACUAUCAACUAUGACUAUCUCGUCUAUGCCCUUGGUGCCGAGACGCAGACGUUUGGAAUUCCAGGCGCAAAGGAAAACUCUUGCUUCCUCAAGGAGCUCUGGGAUGCAGAGCAGUUGCGCUCCAAGACCAUGGAUUGUAUCGAGUCUGCCGUCUUUCCGGGUCAGACCGAUAGCGAGGUGGAUCGCUUGUUGCACAUGAUUGUCGUCGGCGGUGGUCCCACCGGUGUCGAACUCGCAGGUGAAAUGCACGACUUUGUUGUCGAAGAUUUGAAGAAAUGGUACCCUGAGCUCGCUGAUAGGGUCCGAAUCACCCUCAUCGAAGCCCUGCCAAACGUCUUGCCCAUGUUCUCCAAACAGCUCAUCGCAUACACGGAAUCGACCUUUAAGCAAAACAAGAUUGACCUCUUGACGAGGACAAUGGUGCAAGAGAUUAAGCCAAAGUCUGUCGUCGUCAAAGAUCCUUCUGGGAACAAGGUCGAGAUUCCGUUUGGUUUGCUCGUCUGGGCUGGAGGAAACACUAUGCGCCCCAUUACCAAGGACCUCAUGGCCAAGAUGGGUCAACACCAGACCAACAAGCGCGGCUUGACCGUCGACGACCACAUGGUCCUCGCCGGCUCCAACGGCACCAUCUACUCGUUUGGUGACUGCACGGCCACAUCUUACGCACCUACGGCGCAAGUAGCCGCACAACAAGGUGCCUAUGUCGGCCGAUUGUUCAACCAACUCGCGCAACAGGCCAGGCUCGAGGCAGAGCUCGAAGAACUCAAGAGGUCAAAGGCAGAGUUGCACGAGAUUGAUUCCGUGUCCAAAAAGUUGCUCAAGGUUUCAAAGUACAAGCCGUUCCAUUAUUCGCAUCAGGGAUCGUUGGCGUAUAUCGGAAGUGACAAGGCUAUUGCAGAUCUCCCUUUCCUCAAUGGCAACAUUUCUAGCGGUGGUGUCGCGACAUUCCUGUUCUGGCGUUCGGCAUAUUUGAGCAACCUAUUCUCACUCCGUAACCGAUCUUUGGUCAUGCUUGAUUGGGUCAAAGUGUUCAUCUUCGGAAGGGAUGUGAGCCGAGACUGA